AUGACUGAUGACAAUCAACAGCAGCCUGGUGUUCCCCCGCACCAAGGUUAUCCUACUCAUCCAGAAGCUCCAAAAUAUGCUGAUCCUCCUCCCGGGUCUUCUCCACAAGGUGACUCUCAGCAGGAGCAGCAGAACACCCACCCACCUCGAACUCCAACUGACAGCAACCUCCCUGUUUGCAUUGAAAUAUGGUGUGCCUUUCUCUCUCCCUCCUCCCUCUCAAUUUAG